AUGGAUUAUGAAACUCUCUUUGCCGUUCUGCCCAAAGAACCAAAAAAAUGGUCAAGGGAAGAUGUAUCGUAAUGGCUCAACUUUGUUGGUUUACAGUCACUGUAAAGCACUUUCAGUAUGUAUUUAUUUAUAAGAGUAGUAAAUAAUUCAAUUGAUGGAUCAUGUUUAGAAUUAAUAGAAGAAAAUGACUUAAUUGAUGAUCUCGGAAUCAAUAGUAAGAUAGUUAGAAAAAAGUUAAUGCAUUGGUUGAAAAAUGGAUUAAAGGAGUACACUUAACAUAUUAAAUCAGUAAUGGUUGACGAUAAGCGAUGCGAUAAGAUGGAAUAAGAAAACACUUCUCUUGAAAAUACAGAAUCAGCACAAGCAUAAUAUGGAUAAAUUAAUAUAUCACAUGACAUGAUGACUAAUUACAUUAAGAAUAAUGAAAUGUUAUCUCAAUAGUUCUAACAGCCAUUAUGCGAAAUUGAAAACAGGCCCUAGUUUUUAAAGAAAUAAUAAACCGGCAUUUAAUUAGAAUAGGAAGUUGAAAACUUUGCACCUAAAAUAUCAAAUGAACUCAUUAUUCAACCAACUGAAGGACCUCAGACUAAUUUUUAUUGUAUAAAGGAAUCAGGUGGUAAGAUAGGCAGACACUCUAGCAAUUAGAUAUUAAUAUUGGAAGAAAGCAUUAGUAGAUUUCAUGCCGAAAUAGUCUUUUAAGAUGAAGAUUUUUUCAUUAAAGACAUUGGAUCAACUACUGGCACUUUCAUCAAAGUAGAAAGCAAGUUAGAAUUAGAAAUUGGAAUGGUUAUAGAAUUGGGCAGCAAUUAAUUUGAGAUUUAGUAGUUGACUUCUAAUAAUCAAACAGUAGAAGUUGUCAUGCUUAUUAUUGAAGGACUUAAUUCCUCAGAAAAGCAUAUCAUAGCUUUGAACCCCUAAAAGUGCGUUACGACUGUAGGCAGAAAGCAAACUGCAGAUCUCACUUUCAGCGAAGAUCAUCAUCUCUCAAAUAUUCAUGCCAAGAUCUGCCUUAUUGAAGGACGUGUGUAUCUGGAAGAUAUGGGAUCAACUAACGGUUCCUGGUUGAGAUUGUCUAAAGAAGGACUGUUCUCAUAGUUAUAUCCAUUACAAAAUCAAACGGCUUUCAAAAUUGGAACCACUUCUACAUAUUUAUGUAAAAGAACUACUUAGUUGAUUACCGACAAGAAUAACGAGAAUAGUUGUAUAAUUUGUAUAGAAAAUGACCGAGAUGCUCUAUACAUGCCCUGCAAACAUAAUACUGCUUGUCUAAAAUGCAGCAAGAAUUUAAAAGACUGUCCAAUUUGCAGAACCAAAAUCCAAGAUGUUAUCAGAAUCUACAAAAACUGA